GCGGCUGCUUCUGCUGGAGUUUACUCUCGCUGUACGUUGUUGUGCCAUCUACCUUUCUCAAUGCUGGCUGCCUGUCGGUAGGUAUGCUCAAACGGGAGCAGCCGAGUUGGUAGAUUGACGGCAGCAGAAGACGACGACGGACAUUUAUUCUAUACCGUGCGUGGAGGAAAAACCAUCAUCACAGUUCAUCACCGAGAAGUGUUCGUACGCGUGAAGGUGAAAAUCGCAUCGGAACCUUUGUCGGGUUGGUGCAAUAUGUUGCUUUUGUCGAGAAAUGUGUCACCCUCGAGACGGAAGUGAACUCUGCGGUCAGUGUGGUGUUGCGGACGGCAUUCGGGCGUGUGGAUUCCCGUCGGUGCAAUUCCGAUGAGUAGGGAGUGUUCCGAGUGAAGAAACGAGCGAAAAAAGUGGGUGUCAAAAGGCAUCCGUGGAGGACCACCAACCCAACAUGGCAGGGGAUUUUUCUGGCUGUACGGCCCGCAAGAAGAACCGUGCCCAAUCGAUCGAGUACAAUCCGGCCAAGGUGGACACCGCCGCCGGAGAAACGUCGAAACAACAGACCAACCCGUUGACGACCCGAAGCGGGCUGCGGGUGUACAAGAUUGUGAUCCUGGGCGAUGGGGGCGUCGGGAAGUCAGCCGUUACGCUCCAGUUUGUGAGUCACAGUUUUCUGGACUACCACGACCCAACGAUUGAGGAUUCGUACCAACAGCAGGCCGUCAUCGAUGGCGAGGCGGCUCUGUUGGACAUACUGGAUACUGCCGGCCAGGUGGAAUUCACCGCCAUGCGGGAUCAAUACAUGCGUUGUGGCGAGGGAUUCAUCAUCUGCUACUCGGUCACCGAUCGGCACAGCUUCCAGGAGGCGUCCGAGUAUCGGAAGCUGAUUGCACGAGUUCGACUAACCGAAGACAUUCCGCUGGUGCUGGUUGCCAACAAGUUGGACCUGCAGUCGCAACGGAAGGUUUCCACCGAGGAAGGCAAAACUUUAGCCAAACAGUUUGGUUGCCCUUUCUAUGAAACUUCGGCCGCCUUGCGACACUAUAUUGAUGAGGCGUUCUUCUCUCUGGUUCGUGAGAUUCGGAGAAAAGAGGAGCAAAGGGAUCUCAACGGCGGUUCCAGUUCCGAGAAGCUGCACUCCCGUCGCCGUAGCCGCUGGUGGCGGCUGCGGUCGAUCUUCGCGUUGGUUUUCCGACGCCGCAGAAACCCUAUAGGAAACUAAAGUAAAGAAUGAUACCAAAACCUACGAGUAUAAGUAAACAAGUGAAGCUACCAAAUAACGAGAAACUGACUGCGAGCAACGUCAAGAAAGAUUUCAGUCUGCUGCAUUGACCGUGUGCACCGGAAGCACGGUUCAACCAUAGUAAAUGUCACAUAAUCGGCGCCUCCGCUUGAGAAGGAAUUGAAAAUUGAAACUUAUCAUACACACACACUUUACAUUUAUAGGUUAUCACAGAACAAGAAGGAGCAGUAGCACGGAACUUCUUAAGCGAAAAAAAAGAAAGAAAAUGCGACCAAAAAUUAAACUUAUAUUGAAUGCACUUCCGCGAAUUCCGCCGUGGCAGAAGUUUGUUGAGUAAUUUUGGCUAAGCUAUUUAGGGAAAACAAGCAUCGAGAAUGUUCAAUAAUCAAAAAAUAAGAAUCUGCACUUUAGUAACUAAUGAAGGGAGGAAGACCCGUCGUCACACCAC